AUGAAACUACCACUGGAGCGGCUGGCACGAGCGAUGAAUCUGGACGAGCCCAGCUUUGGCGACAACUACAUCCAGGAGUUCGUGCUCGAGCACCUGGACCACGACACGGGGGGCCCGAACGUGAAACGCGAGGACACCAGCCCGACGGUGGUGCUCGGCGGCUCGAAGAACGUCUGGAACGGGAGCACGGUCGACGAGAACGGUGUCCUGGUGCCGAUCCGGCUCAAGGCGGUCGGCAAUGGGGGCGCCGGACCGGGCGGCGGCUGGCAUCUGGAGGAGCGCAAGCUUCACGCCUGCUCGCCCGGCGCGGCCGGCGAUCUGUUCACGCACGUCGGCGGUCCAACGCACGGGCAGCCGAUGCUGUUCAAUCCGCCGAUCAGUGGCGUUCCGUCGACGCCACCGGAAACGCCGCCCGUGAUCGGAUCACCCAACUCCGCCGGUCCCGUGGUGGUGGGUGGUGCUGGCGGUCCUGGGACCAUCGGUGGAACCGGAACCGGUGGUACGACCGGAUCGGGCUACGGAACCGGGGCGUACUAUGGGACCAGCCGCUCACAGAGCGGGCUGGUCGAGGAGAUGAUGUUCCUGCCGCAGACGAUGCGUGGCGAGCAGCCGCUCGAUCUGCGGCCCCUGCACUGCGCCAUCGGACCGGAAGGGGAGUGGAUCGACCGGAAGGAGUACGCCGGUGUGCUGGCCGUCAGUGGGCAGCCCGGGCAGAAUGGCAUGCUGAUGGGCGGUGCCGGUGUGGUGGGUGGCAUUGGUGGUGGGGUGGGUGGAGGCGCUGGUGUGAAUGGGGGAGCCGGAGGAGCCGGUGCUGUCGGCGGUGGCUUUGGGCAUCAUCAUCAUCAUCAUAUCACGGCGGCCCAGCUUGAGUUCGGGCCGCUGAACAUGCACUCGGCGGCCUCCCACCAUCAGCACCACCCGCACCACCACCACCACCAUCACGGUCAUCACCACUCGCUGCAUCCGAACCGACCGCACUCGGUCAGUUCGACCAGCUCGACGAUAUCGCCCCGGAACGGAACUAGCAGCAGUGGCGGUGGGAGCUGCUACAAUGGGCUCGGAGGUGGCUCCGGUAACGGUCUGUCGUCGGAGGACCUCAUCAACGAUGAGUUGCUGAUGACGUUGUCGGUCCGCGAACUCAACAAACGCCUGCACGGCUGCCCACGGGAUCAGGUCGUGCGGUUGAAGCAGAAGCGUCGCACUCUGAAGAACCGAGGCUAUGCGCAGAACUGUCGGUCGAAGCGGCUCCAGCAAAGGCAGGACCUGGAGCUGACGAAUCGCCACAUGCACCACGAGAUGCAACAGAUCAAGCUGGAGCUGGUCAAGAUCAAGCAGGAACGGGACGAGCUGAUGCAGACCCUGCAGAUGUACCAGCGAGAGCAGUCUCAGGGCAACGUGCUUCAGCAGCAGCAUCCACAGCAGUAUCAGCAGCAGCAACAGCAACAGCAAUCUCGCCAACAGCAGAAGCAUCAGCAGUCACACCAGCAACAGCAACCACACCAACAGCAGCAACAGCAGCAUCCACAGUAUCAACAGCAGCAGCAGCGACAACAGCACCAGCAACAACACCACCACCAUCAUCAGCAGCAGCAACAGGAGCACCUGGGUGGUGGCCACCACGGCAACAAUGGAUCAUGCAAUGGUGGCGGCGGCGGAACUGGUGGUGCAGGAAGUGGGCCUGGGGCCAAUGGCAGUAGCGGGGCCAGUUCCGGACUAGUUCCUUCCGUGAAGCAGCUGAUCGCGGAGAGUGUCAGCUCGCAGGAGUAUUACGUAUGA